AUGCUCAUCAAAUUCAUUUUAACAUUAAGUUUAACUUUAAUAACGAUUGCUUUAUAGAAGAAGUUUGAUCCUAUAAUUGCAAGAUUUAUAAAAUUUAUUUGUGAAAUAGUUUCAAUCAGUUAAUUAAUUUCAUAAGAAGAAUGGAAUAGUUUAGGAAUUCUAUCACUUGUUCUAGAUAAGGGAAUUUUAAUAAAAAAUCAUGAAAAUUAUAAUUGUUUAUUCGAUUAUCUAGUCCUAAAAGUAUUGAGUUUAACUUACAUUUCUCUAUAUUGGAGCAAUUAAGUGUUUAUCAUUAUAUUAUGUAAUGCUAUUGCACUUGACACCUAUCAAAUUAUACACUUGUAUGCAACAAAUAGGCAAGUAUAAAAAUAUAAAUUAGGAAUUAAAUAAAAAAGAUAAUCUGUUGAGAAUUUAAAUAUCAAUAAUGAAAAAAUAAAUCAAGUUGAAAAUUUUAUGAAAAAUGAAGAAUUUAAAAACAAUGAAAUACUAGUAAAAAAUGAAGAAUAUAUAAAUUAUGAUAAUCUCAUUAUAAAUGAAGAUCUUUGGAUAAAAAGGAUGAAUGCUAUACCAAUUUCAAUAAUUAUAUUAAGUAAAAAGGCACUAGCCAUAAAAUUCAAGAAUGAAACAGCUAAAAAAAAUUUUAAUACAUUGUGUUAUAAUGAUAAUGAAAUAAAUGAUUUAAUAAUGAAUAAAUUGGAAUUCACUAUAUUGGAGGACAGUUUAGAAAUGCUUAAAAAUUCUAGUAGUUAUAUAAUAAGAAAAUAAUUUUUGAAUAAACCAGUUAAUCUAUCUCAUUCAAGUUAGUGUGAUAUGGAAAAUUUUAAAAAAUUGUCUCUUUUAUAAAUUUCUUAAAAUUUUCUAGCUGGAGAAUAUAAUAAUUUAAUGAAACCUCUAACUAAUUCUAUAGAUUUGUACUGCCAUCAAAUUUAAGAUUCUUAAUCAUUUUAAAUUAAUGGAACAAUAUUCUCUAGUGAUGGAGAUGAUGAAUUAACAAUUAUUUUAUCUGAUAUAUCUAAAUAAAUGCAAUUAUAAUAGUUUAUUGUAAAAGACGAAUUUUAAAAGAAAGUAUUUUGUUUUAAUAUAUUUUAGGUUAUAGAAUCUCUUUCUCAUGAACUUAAAACACCUUUAAAUAGUUCAAUAAAUUUUAUUAAAUCUGCAAUAGCUAAUGAAUUACUACCAUUAUCUAUUAAAGAAUAAUGUUUGGAACCUGCAUCAAUUGCAUUACAAUUGUAAUCGUAUAUAAUCAAUGAUGUAAUAGACUUUUCAUAAUUUUACAACAAUAGUUUGGAAGUUUGUGUAAAAGAGUUUGAAAUAAAAGAUAUAAUAAGUGAAAUUACAAGCAUUUUCAAUUUAUAAUUUUAUGAAAAAGGAUUAGAUUUUGUAAUAGAUCUAACUAAGAAUACCUCAACCUAUAUGUCAACUGAUUAUAAUAGAUUGAUGUAAAUCUUAGUAAAUGUAAUUUAAAACUCCUUAAAAUAUACAUAUAAUGGUGGAGCAAUUCUAAAAAUAAAAAACUUAGAAGAUGAUGUGAUAUAGUUUUCUGUUUCAGAUACUGGAAUUGGUAUUAAAUCAGAUAUGAUUAAGAAAUUAAAUACUUAUGUAAAUUAGGUUGAGAAUUUAAAAUAUUUUUCAAAAUUGAAAUCUUGGAAUGGUAUUGGCUUACUUAUAUCAAGUAUUUUAUUGCAUUAAUUAAAUCCUUAAUUUUCAGAGACUUUUUAAAUAAAAUCUAAGUUAAAUAAAGGCACUAAAUUUAAAUUUAAAAUUAAAUAAAUUUUAAUUGAUGAACUUAAUAACUAUACUGAUGAUAUCUCAAAAAAAAAAUCAGUUAAAUUUCGUAGAAGCUCAAAAAAGACUUAUCAUAAUAAUCUGGUUGGCACAGUUAUCUAUGUUAAUGAAAAUGCAUAAAUUUCUUCAAAUCUUGGAAUAAAUGGUAAGGCUAUGUCUUCUUUCAAUAAAAUGCCAAAAGUGAGGACUGAUUAUGAUCAAUAAUCUAUAGAGUCUGAAAAAAAACAGCAGAAUUUAUCUGAUUAAUAUAUAUUAUUGGAGAAUUAAUAACAUAAUUUUAUCUUAAAUAUCAUAAAUCAAAAUAAAUAGAAUGGAUCUUUUGAAUAACAAUCAAUUAAAUCAUCAUCAAUGAAGUAUUAUUAUAUUUUUUUAACAUUAGAUCAAAAAUAUUAAGUUACUCUUAAUUAAAAAUAAUGGAGAGAUAAAACAAUGAUUUUGCAUUAUAAAAUUUUAAGAAUAAAUAAUGUUGUAAAUGCAGAAGGAUUAUGUCUGUUGAUGAUGAAAUUUUUAAUUAAAAUUCAAUUAAAUUAUUAAUUGAGAGAUUUGGUUUUGAAGUGAUAAUUGUAAAAUUUCGAUUUCUUAUUAAAGGCUUAUAAUGGAUAGGAUGCAAUUGCAAAAAUAUAGUUUUUACGGAAAUGUUCAAAGGAAUGUGCACUUUUGAAUCUAAUUUUAAUGGAUUAUUCAAUGCCAAUAAUGGAUGGUAUAGAAUGUACUAUUCAAUUAAAAAGAAUGAUGAAAGAAAAUAUAAUUCCAAAUAUAAAUAUUGUAGGAUUAACUGCAUUCACAAGUAAAUUAGAAAUAGAUAGUUGUUUGAAUGCUGGAAUGAUAGAGGUACUAUUCAAACCUUUAAAGCUUAAUGAUUUUUGUGAGCUACUAACAUUAUUAUGA